GAUGGGACAUAUCUUGAGCCUAUUGUGGCCAGGACAACUGGCCGAGGAUUUAUACUAUGCACAAGAGCAAAAAACAAAUGAGGGUCCAGAAACAUACAUGGCUAGAAAAAUGUUGCUUGCAAGAAUAGCUUUCCCCUCCAAAGCUAUGAAUAAAGAGUUCAUGGGUGAAAUAUAUAGAGGACUUCAUCCCAAGAGCAAGGAGUCUCUGGGACACCAAAUCAAAGAGUCAGAGCUAUUUGCAGGUUGGGAAACCUUUUCCCAGCACCUAAGGCAGCUCUCUUCAAAAUUUCAUCUGAUGAUAGCACAGAGACAAGAAAAGUCCCGAGCCCCAAAGAAGAAAGCUAGGGAAAAUUCCCUUAAAAAACGCUUUUUAGGUCCAUCUAAAAGCCCUACUCAGCCUUCCCUCAUCAUUCCCCAAAGAGAGAUGGAAACACCCGAAGGCCUGCCUCACCAUAGCAAGCAGAAAUUGCCAGAGACCCCCAAGGGACUCCAUUCCAAGAGCCCCUAUAUUACUAGUUGCUCUGUAAAUCUCAGGAAAGCAAGCCCCCCUUGCCCAAACGGAAAGAAAAAUGUCUCACUUUCUUUUGGAGACACCUCUGCUACUGUUCGGACUACAGUCUACAAACAGAGAGAUCAGAACCAUACCCCAAAUAAGCACUCCGAGGCCAAGAGGGUCAAAGCUUUGGAAACCUUUCCAGCCAGACAUGCCAGAGAAAGGGAACCUCAGAGGUCAUAUUUCCCAUUCCCGUUGGUCAGAUUGGAGUGGCACUGGGAGAUGUGUUUCCUGGAAGAAGCAAAAGCCCAGCUCCCUGGGAAGAACAGUGAAAAUGGAUGACACCAUCUCAGCUUCAACCCAGCUCCUUGACCAAGAGGUCAGGCACACUGUUUCAGCCUCAGCUCCCAGAACAAAGACCUCAGAAGGUAGUUCUUGGAAGGGAAUCAUAGAAACUGCUCUUUGAGAAACACAAAACCCUACAGGCAUUUUAAACAUUGCAGAGAACUUUUGUAAGUGUUGGGAUCUUAAAAGACAGGAAAUUUUCCUUCCCCUCAGUAAGUCCAGUUUAUUCAGUAGUCUGUGUUUUUUGUAUUUCUGCAUUUUCCUUUGUGCCCAUGAGGCAAGUGGAUAAGAUCAUUCAAUAGGAAAUUCCAAAUUGAGUUCCUGCUUUACAAAAUUGAGAUUGAGAAAUGUCUCACUAUUUUCUGUUGCUGGCACUCUACAUGUGCUCAGGCAGAGUGACACUGUCUCAACUUUUGUCUCUACAUUCUGUUUUCAGAGGAUUCUAUAUGCCUUUAGUUUGUUCUCUCCUAUUUAAUUGUAGAAAUUGUAAAGGGACAGGAGUUUCUAGGUUUUCUCCCCACUCAAACCUAUGUUAAUUUUGCGUUUUUGGUUGUGAUAAAACAUAAUUGAAAUUCUCUUUGGAUGCAUAAAUCUUACAGACAGAGAGAACAUACCAUUCUAUGGAAUAAAACUAGUACUUAGAGUGUGCUUGGAAAACUAUGUCUCAUUCUUCUAGUAGUCAGCUUGCCUUGCCCUCUGUCUCCUUUAUGUGUUUGAUUUGCCCAGGCUUGGCUGGAGAAUUGCAACAGCUAGAGGCCAGAAUGGGUGUUGUAGAUCCUAUUAACUGUUGUUUGUAUUUGUUAAUUUGCUUGUUUGUUUGGCUGUUUGUGAUUUGCAAAU